GAUCUUUUUAAAUAAAAUUCAGAUGUGCUCCAAACCCAUUAAGCUGAGAAAAUGAUAAUUUGGUUAAUAAGGAAAAAAUUUUUUAAAGAAAAAUAUUUAUAAAAAUUGCCAUCACCAUCAUGACUUUUGCGUAAUUGUUCAUCAAAACUAUGUCAAAGUGUGUCUCAUUUGUCAUAAGCAGUGAUAUUAAUCGUAAAUUAAAUUGUCUCCUCGUGCAAUUCCUUCGCUUAUAUCAAAGUACUCGCGAUAACACGGUUUAGCACGUACUUUAAUAUCGCGAUAUGGCUAAUGUUUCUGUGGAGAAAAAUAAAUAAAAUUCAAUGCUCGUGCAGGAACCAUCACUACAGUGUUCUGAUAAGCACUAUCUGGUUGGUUACUUUCAACAAGUGCAACUGAAAAGUGCGAUUUUUUAUUUAUGGCCAAUGUUGCAGGUGCAGACUAAAGAGCCUUAUGAAGUUCAAGGUUUCAAGGUUGACUAACGAUAACUAUGUCAUAAAGUUCUAUCGAUUAGGUGUUGAUUAGGCUCAAACUAAUCUACAUAAUGCACCUGACUUUAGCUUAUUGAAUAGUAGUCUUAAUCGACUAGUCGUUGAUGAACCAACUUUCGAAGCUUCCUUUAGUUAGUUCCGCACAAUGAAGUCCAAGUUAACAUAUCUGUUCCGUACGCUGAAGCUGCUAACUUUGGAGUUUGGAGCGAUGACUUCGAUUCACGGCGUUGGCUACAUCACCUCCAGCCAGCGGACACUGUUCGAAAAGCUUCUUUGGGUGUUGGUGUUUGGGCUGUCACUCACCGGAUGUAGUUGGCUUAUCCGGGAUGCGUAUCGCCGGUGGGAUCAGAAUCCUGUGAUUAUAAGUUUUGACGAGAAGACCAAGCCCAUUUGGAGCUUUCCGUACCCGGCGGUGACGAUCUGUCCGGAGACCAAGUUUCAGAUGGCGAUCAUGAACUACACGGAGGAGUUUUUAAAGUUUGAACGUGAUCCUGACGGGUAUGUGCCGGAUGAAAAACGCCGCGAAUCCUUCUUCUCCGCUCUGCACAUCUGCAACCAGCAUCAACUUAGCAAGACGGUAUCUCAGUUACGACAGUACAAUCACACUGUGGAUCGGAACUGUCUUGAAACCUUACGGUGGAUGUCCCUGUCGAUAAGUUCAAUGUUCGAAACGUUUACCAUUCAAAACAGUCAGGUCUACUACUGGGAGUAUUUCAAAGAAAUCCUCACCGAAGACGGCAUCUGUUACACGUUCAACUUUGCCUGGGACCUGUUCCGACCCGGAGUACAUCCGGAAGUGCAAGUCAGUGAUCGGAUGAUGUGGAGUCCGGAGAAGGGAUACCUAGAAGAUACCUUUUCGGUAGUGGAACCGUUACGUGCUCCAGGAACCGGAAUGAGCAAUGGAUUGACGGUAGACCUAGUGUUGGACGUCAGAAACUUCGACUACUUGUGCAAAGGUCCGAUACAGGGCUUCAAGGUUCAGAUCCACACUCCAACCGAGUACCCGCUGAUGUCCAAGAGGUUCAUCCGAGUUCCGCUGGACCAAGAAGUGACCGCUCUGGUCAAACCACAGUUUGUCGGAACGAGCUGGAAGCUAAAAGACUACGAACCUUCUCGAAGAAACUGUUACUUUGAGCACGAACGACCCCUCCGGUACUUCCGGAUCUACUCCCAAGACAACUGCGAGCUGGAGUGCCUCUCCAAUUUCACCCUGGCCAGGUGUGGAUGUGUCCGGUUCAGCAUGCCACGGAUCGUGUCGGAGACCAAAAUCUGUAACGCCAGCAGCCUACCUUGCGUGGUUGAUGCCGAGAGGACACUUUCAACGGCACUGAACAGCACCAUUAAAAGGACAGCAUUCACCUUUCAGACCAGGUGCAGCUGUCUGCCCGGAUGUACCGUGCUAAGGUACGACGUCAUGCUGACCCAGGGUCCGCUGCUGUGGAGGCCACAUCGGCGAGCUGCCGGGAGAAAUGGUUCUUACAGAGACGUUCACAAGGUGCGCUUCUCGCUGUACUUCAAGGACUCGCAGUACAUCUCGAUCACACGGAACGAAAUGUACGGUUUGACGGAUUUUGUGGCCAACUGUGGAGGACUCCUGGGACUGUUCAUGGGCGUAAGUUUGCUCAGUCUGGUAGAAUUGCUUUACUUUUGCACGCUGCGUCCGUACGUGCUGUGCCACUAUCGGGACGAGAUGGGACAGAUCGAGACGUCUCGGAGAAACCGGAAGAGGAUGGCCCUGAAUCGGCGCAAGGUGAUUAUGGUGGAAACGCUGGAUGCGGUCAUCAGAAGGAGACGCAUGGUGGAGAUGGGACGUUUGAUUGGGUUUCGACGGCGGUUGAGGAAGAUCAAGGUGCAGGAUUUGGAGUAGGAUUUGAGCGUGCUAAAAUAUGGACUUUUUCAGUGUUUUAAGUGUUAAAUGUCUGAAUAACUCACAUGAGAACUAACAAAACAAAAAAAUCAUCAAUAUUUGCAAUUGAAAAGGAAUGUUCAUGUUUAAAAAAAAUAUUUUCUUUAAAGGUUUAUUUGAAUCUAUAGCUGUCUAAGAAAAAAAACCUUUUUGUAAUAGACGGACAAAAAUGUAUUAUAAAACUUUGACCUUAUAGCGAAAGUUAAUACACAUUUGGAAUUUAUUGAUUGAUAGUACAUGUCAAAGUCAAUGCUCUCAAAAAGAACAAAUAAUUUGUG